AUGCGUCAAUGUGAAGAAGACAAGGUGAGCCAGAAGAGGAAGGAGUGCCAAAGGCGCGAAGCGAAUGUUGCGCUUUCGCAUGUUAUCAUCCACGAAGAUCCUGCAGGAAAAGAUGAGACACCAGUACCCGGACAUGAUGAGAAGCUACCGGCGAAAGACGUAUCGCCAGAUCCUUCUGACGCUGCUCAGUCACUUCGCCCUCUACCGCAGAUCUCGCGCAAAAGACAACGCGAGCCUAGUUGCGAGUCACGAGACCCGUCACUUAAAGAGUCGAUUGUGGAUACAUCACAGCGUGAUUCCACCGACGUACACAGCCCGUACUCAGAAUCAGCAACCGCCCCAUUGGAAUACUACAUUCGCCUAGCCUCAAAGUCCAUGUCGCUCCCAACUCCUUCCGACUCGUACUUCACCUCACCAGAGCACGCGCCAGUACUCCACCGCAAUCGCGAGAACAAGAUCAUAAUGUACACAGGCUCCUUCAACCCACCGCAUCUUGGUCACUUCGAACUGGCCUUUCAUACAUUCCUACGUAGCUCCUCCACCACCAUCGCCGUCGUCUUCCUUCCAUUUCGCGAUAAACUCAAAGCGAAAGACGGCGCUAUGGUCAACGGAAAGGUCUUCGCCACUGAAAAAGAACAAAGAAUCGCGCUACUACAAAACGACCUACUGCAGCGCUGGACUUGGUUUUACAGAGGCCAUCGCACAGAUUUCGAAAAAUACGGGGCUACUCUGAUCAAAGAAGCGAAGAAAGACGGAUUCCAAGUUUCCUUUGUAGUCCUAGCUGGAAGCGAUAAAUUCGAACGCGAAAAAGUCGAAACAAAGCCCUCUUGGCUCAUAGGAUGGGGAGAAAUAAUCACCAGCGACAUCACACGGCCGUCUAGUCUGUUCAAGGAUCCAAAGCGUUCGCCCAGACGGUUACCUGGAUGUAGAUCUUGGCGCUUGAUCUCUACACCAACCAGCAGGAAGGGAGACUCCAGCUGUGAAUGCGGAGGCGCGAAUCAUGAAUGUCGCAUAUCUCUACGAAUCCAAGAGUACUGCGGUGGGCAUGCUGCUUUGGAAGGCGAGCCGCAUGUUAGAUCCAGGCAAGACAACUUGCUGCAUGAGAUUCUGGUAAGAUGCCAUGAGGGAGUGGGGCCGACGUGGGUUUGCCACAAGAAGACUGGGGGUACAGUGACGUUUUUGGGUAGUGGAAGAGAUACUGAUGGGGAUGAGAAGAGAGAAGAGGUUAGUUCUUCGGCCAUCAGAAAGAUAUUGAGUGGAGGUGGUAAUCGCGAGGAGAUGUCGACAAAGUUGGAGAAGGUCAUGAUGAACCCAGAGUUACUGCUACACUAUCUUGAAUCGGAUGGAUAA